CAGCAGGCCAGCCGUGGCACCUUUAUAAGAAGAUCGAACAGCUCCCUCUCCGAUAUCAUCUUCCUACGACCCCAAUUCGUUUUCCACGGGCUCCUGCAGCGCUCCUGUAUGCAGACUGCUUCCCGGCGUCCCAGCUCCCCAACUUCCCUCCGCACGGCCCAAGAGUAUCACAAUGAUCCUUCGAAUACGACAGUGAAAUCAGGCCACGGACCACCCUAGCCCGAACUGGGCCUCGUCAAUCGUUGGGUGACGAUUGACCUGAACGUAAUCAGCCCAGAAUGGCGUCCAAAACAUCCAAACAGCUCCCCCACGAGAAGCGGAGAGGCGAGGCCGCAUUGAGCGAGUUUGCCGAGUACGUCGAGAAGCAGCAGUCGCUGCGAUACCCCAAGGCGACCCCUGCCCCUGCCGGCGCCCCCGCAGAUGACGAGCACCAUGCGGAGCUGGACGACAUCCUCGACGCCCUCGAUCUCUCCGACACGGCCCCUCGCGUACGUCUCCGCGAGCUCCUGCUCUCGAACGAGAGCGAUGCCGACGCCCUCCAGCGUCUGGCCGCCGUCCUGGCCGAACGCAUAGAGGCCGACCACGGCGAGUUUGUGUUUGAGCUCGGACUCGAGGACAGCGGCGACAGCAUGCGCUUGUCGCACACCGAAUGGGACACGGCGUUUGCGAGGCUCGCUCUCGCUGCCAAGACGCUGCGCGCCGAGUGCCAGCUACUGCUCACCAAAGGCGUUGGCGGCCCGCUCGAGGCAGAGUCGAGCGUUGGCAAAGAGGACAAGGAGAAAGGAUGCAGCGGCAAGGUGCUCAUCCGGCAAGCUCCCGCCUCGGUCGAGAAGGUGAUCGAGACGCGCAUCGCCGUCGUCGGAAAUGUCGACGCUGGGAAAAGCUCGAUGCUUGGCGUGCUGGUCAAAGGCGACCUUGACGACGGCAGAGGCAAGGCCCGGGUCAAUCUCUUUCGCCACAAACACGAGAUCGAGACAGGGAGGACCAGCUCUGUUGGUAUGGAGAUUAUGGGAUUCGAUACCAGCGGUCAGGUCGUCACAUCCGACACUCCUGGACGGAAACUGUCAUGGGAGGAAAUCGGCAAGCGAAGUGCCAAAGUCAUCACCUUUAGCGACCUCGCAGGUCACGAAAAGUACCUCAGGACGACAGUCUUUGGGUUAUUGUCCAGCUCGCCCAACUACUGCCUGCUCAUGGUGGCAGCAAACAAUGGGCUGAUUGGGAUGAGCAAAGAGCACCUGGGCCUGGCGCUCGCUCUCAACGUGCCCGUCAUGGUGGUGGUGACUAAAAUCGACAUCUGCCCACCCCAUAUCCUGGCCGAGACCAUCAUGCAGAUCACGCGCAUUCUCAAAAGCCCCGGCGCCCGCAAAGUCCCCAUUUUCAUCAAGAACCGCGAGCAAUGCGUUAGCACGGCGACGCAGUUUGUCAGCCAGCGUAUCUGUCCUGUCUUCCAGGUGUCCAACGUCACGGGCGAGAACCUGGACCUGGUACGCACUUUUCUCAACAUCCUGCCACACCACGGUCGCUAUGACUCGGACGCCCACUUUGAGUUCCACGUCAACGAUACUUUCUCUGUUCCGUUCGUCGGCACGGUUGUUAGUGGCAUCGUCAAAUCGGGCGUCAUUCACGCGGGCGACUCGGUCCUUGUCGGACCCGACUCGCUUGGUAACUUCACUCCGACGGCCAUCAGGUCGAUCGAGAGGAAACGUAUUGGCGUUCCGGCCGCAUCGGCGGGGCAGUCCGCCUCGUUCGCGUUGAAGAAAAUCAAGCGCAAAGAUGUCCGCAAAGGCAUGGUGGUGUUGGCCAAGGUCGAAGGGGAGCCGCCUCCGAAAGUCUACCGCGAGUUUGUUGCUGAAGUCCUGAUUCUUUCGCAUGCGACAACCAUAAAAACAAAAUACCAGGCCAUGCUGCACGUUGGGCCUGUCUCCCAGACAUGUGCCAUCAUUGACGUUGACCGUCCAUUCAUACGAACCGGUGACCGCGCCCUGGUGGCGUUCCGCUUUGUGCAGCGGCCCGAGUACCUCGCUCCCGGCGACAGGUUACUGUUCCGCGAGGGCAGAACCAAAGGCCUGGGAAUAGUCAAACGCGUCGGCUAUGACUAUGACAAGCCUCUGCGACCGCGCGCCGAAGAAGACGAUGCUUCUUCCAUUAUCACUACUGCUACUGAUAUGACAGCUACGACGGCUACUACGGCUACUACGGCUACUACGGCUACUACGGCUACUACUGCUACUACUGCUACUACUGCAGCAACCGAGAAUCUCUGGGAUGGGAAGUCUGCCACAACUCGCGAGUAACGGAGAGGUGCAUGUUAGCGCAUAAAGCGUGGCGUCAUCGGAGUCUUUUCCAUGUCCGUCUUGGUCUCCUUUCGAUAUUGCGCAGAAUCCGUGCGUUUCUCUCUUUUUUCUUUCCUUUACCUUAUGGCGCAUCGCGGCUGGUUCUGCCUUCCUAGCGCGUCUUGCGAUACGAGGUCGCGAGUCUGUCAUACGUAAUGCUCUAUCCUCCUUGUGCUCUUGGUUUUAUCUUGACUCGAUGUCACUGCGUAUCCUUUCGUAUUAUCUUUCAGCUGUACUAUUUUUACUCGAUAUGAACUUCCCAUUUUGAUCUCCUCACUGCUCGUGCUAAGGAGUCCUGUUGCCUCGGCGAACAGGCCGGUGGCUGUCC